UAUGUUGUAGAGCAACCAAUAAGUGACGACAGCUUUGGACGGUAGGAGGAGAGCAAAGUGUUUGUUUUCUGUGUAAACCGUUCAACCGGGAGCUUCUACCGGUCUGUCUUCGAACCGACGUUUUCUUUUUUUUUUUUUUUUUAAUUAUCUGUACGGCUAAAGGGCAAGUGUUUUUCAUGUUGUACAAUUUGCAGUGUUUGCGAUUGCGAGGAGACUUCCAGCUGGCUCAUCGCAUCAGGUCGCUCGGAGGGUCAGAGACGACACCCUCUGCUCCUUCAGCUUCACCUGUUUAAAAAUAAUAAUAAUAAUAAUAAUAAUGACCGGAGAGAAGAUCCGCUCCCUGCGCAAGGACCACAGGCCGAGCAAGGACGAGGAUUUACUGGAGCCGGACGAGGAGGCUGCAACCGGGACGUUCACCGCCGCCUCCAAGACGAGCAGCAAGAGCAGAGCGAGUAAAAUCUUCAGCAAUCACAAGUUAAUCAAGUCUUCAUCCACACAGCAGCAGAACCAGCAGUCGCAGAUUAACGCCAACACCAACACGCUGUCAUCGUCAGAAGUCAUCGAUGACAAUAACAAGAACCCCAUCAUCCGGACCGGGCAGGACUUUCCGGUGCAUGAGUGUGUGUUUAAAGGAGAUGUCCGACGCCUGUCAUCGCUCAUACGGACGCAGAAUAUCACCCAAAAGGACGUGCACGGAAACACACCGUUGCAUCUGGCUGUCAUGAUGGGGCACAAAGAGUGUGCCCACCUGCUGCUGGCCCACAAUGCACCUGUGAAGGUGAAGAAUGCUCAGGGAUGGAGCCCUCUUGCCGAGGCCAUUAGCUAUGGAGACCGACAAAUGAUCACAGCACUACUGAGGAAGCUGAAGCAACAGUCCAGGGAGACUGUGGAGGACAAGAGGCCCAAGCUGCUGAAAGCCCUUAAAGAACUUGGAGACUUCUACUUAGAGCUUCACUGGGACUUCCAAAGCUGGGUGCCUUUGCUCUCCAGAAUCCUGCCUUCAGACGCGUGUAAGAUCUACAAGCAGGGCAUCAACAUCAGAUUGGACACUACCUUAAUAGACUUCUCAGAUAUGAAGUGUCAGCGUGGCGACCUCAGUUUCAUCUUCAACGGUAACGCCAUCCCCUCCGAGUCCUUCGUUGUGCUGGACAACGAGCAGAAGGUCUACCAGCGGAUACACCAUGAGGUGAGCGAGACACUGACAGAGGAGGAAGUGGAUAUUUUGAUGAGCAGCGAUGUGUAUUCUGCCACGCUCUCCACUAAGUCCAUCACCUUCUCCAGGGCGCAGACCGGCUGGCUGUUCAGAGAAGACAAGACGGAGCGUGUGGGGAACUUUCUGGCUGAUUUCUACUCUGUGAAUGGCCUGGUGCUGGAGUCCAGGAAGAGGCGGGAGCAUCUGAGCGAGGAGGACAUCCUGAGGAACAAAGCCAUCAUGGAGAGCCUGAGCAAGGGAGGGAAUCUCAUAGAGCAGAAUUUUGAGCCAGUGCGGCGGCAGUCUUUAACUGCCCCUUCUCCCAACACUAUAUCCUGGGAAGAAUACAUCACUGCUGACAAUGGAAAAGCACCUCAUCUAGGCAGAGAGCUGGUUUGUAAGGAGAGCAAGAAAAACUUUAAAGCCACGAUAGCCAUGAGUCAAGACUUCCCUCUGGGCAUUGAAUCGUUAUUGAACGUUCUCGAGGUCGUUGCACCAUUCAAGCACUUUAAUAAACUCAGGGAGUUUGUCCAGAUGAAGCUCCCCCCUGGCUUUCCAGUCAAACUCGACAUCCCUGUCUUUCCUACAAUCACAGCCACGGUGACUUUUCAGGAGUUUCGCUACGAUGAGUUUGAUCAGUCCAUCUUUACCAUUCCCAAUGAAUAUAAGGAAGACCCCAGCCGCUUCCCUGACCUUUAACCUCUGAACCUGGAGAAGGAAACAAACUGACAUCGAGGCAAUUUUAUGCUAUAAAACACUUUUGGAUUUACAACACAAAAAGUGGACAGAAAAAGCAGCUACUAUGUUGUCAGCCCUCGACAAAAAGGGCACCAAGAUGAACACAGUUUCACAAAAGAGAUCAAAAAAAAAGCCUUCAUCAGAGCGGAUAGAGGCUUGCCGUGACAGAAGGGGUCAACAUCUCCUCACACGCAUUAAGCGUUUUGAAGGGUACACUUGAAGAUUCUUUUAUCUCACUUCAAAUUUUUUUCAAUCAAGAAGCCGAGGCAGGAAGUGCAAAUAUCUUUGAGCUGAGAGUCAGUACGUCUCAUCAGUGAAAGGGCAUUGAAGAUCAAACGAGUGUCAGCUGUAUGUGGGGUAGAAGAGAAAGACAGACAGCCAGUUCAGUUGAUGCUAUGUGUUAAACUCUCAGUAAUGUUUAUAAGGGAAUGUGUUCUAACUGACCUGUUGUAAAGCACUGAUGUGACUGUGUGACACACUCGGGAGGAAUUCCACCAAAAAUGACUUUUUAGGUUAUUUUUCUCCCCUUAAAUAGAAUUUUCACAAUUCUGUUUUAGUUUUGUGGUAUUCGACUUGAGAUCAAUGAGAUAAUGAUUUGUAUAUAAACUAACUUACACUUGUAGGACAGGUGUGUAGGAGAGACAAUUGCAGUGUUUUUGACACUCAAUUCCUUUUCAUGAACAACUUUAGAUACAUUUCCAAAGCUAUCCUGAUAAAUAUGAUCUAGAAUUCACAAAACUGAAUUCCUGGUUUUAUGAAAUUUGUAGAUUAAAAACCUAAAAAUCUGUAUUUGCAGAAUUCCACUUAUGCUGCGAGUGUGUGUGUGUGUGUGUGUGUGUGUGUGUGUGUGUGUGUGUGUGUGUGUGUGUGUGUGUGUGUGUGUGUGU